AUGUACACCAUGCUCUCUCUUCAACAUGUAAGCACAGUGCACUACUUCAGGGUGGCUUUUCUCUUCUCAUUUUGGGUUUUCUACUUUGCCAAAGCCAAUGACCCUCCCAAUGUGUUUGAUGUAACUCAUUAUGGUGCAGAUGUGGAUAGAGAGGAUAAUAAAGCAGCCUUUUUGGCUGCUUGGAAAGCUGCGUGCAACUUCGACGGUACUUCGCGCCUUUUAAUCCCUAAUGGGACCUUCAAUCUCGGCCCGGUCGAAUUCCGCGGUCCGUGCAAGAACAACAUUGCUCCUUCGGUUGAGAUCAAGGGGUCACUGCAGGCUCCUUUGGAAUUUGACGAUUUCCCUGAUAGCUCUUGGAUCAAAUUCAACGGCCUCGACAAGUUGGCGGUCACCGGCGGCGGCACCCUCGACGGCCAGGGCGCCCGUGCGUGGUCGAAGAAUAAGUGUGACGAUGGUCAAUCGUGCGAUCUUGCCCCCACCGUAAGAAUUUACUACUUUAAUGCUAUGAAAGAUUGUGAAUUCACCCCAAAGUCCUCUGCAGUUCCAAGUAAUCAGAUGAAUAACCUACAUACCUGCUUUGGCCACUUACACCAAAAAACAAUACUGGAACAGUGUGUGAUACUGGUUCCGACAAUUUAUAUCCGCGUUACGACACUCAAGUUCGAAGAAGUUAGCAAUUCGACGAUUUCCCUGCUUAAACUUGUCGACAGCAAAGCAUUCCACAUGAACUUUCACCGGUGCGAGCACAUCAACAUCCACGACCUUAAUAUCACCGCCCCAGGAGACAGCCCCAACACCGACGGCAUCCAUGUAGGAGGAACAAGUCACAUCCGGAUCAGGAACUCGGUCAUUGGCACCGGCGAUGACUGCAUCUCCAUCGGACCUGGCUCAAAAGAUGUGCUUGUCUCAAAUGUCACUUGCGGACCUGGCCAUGGAAUAAGUGUUGGGAGUUUAGGGAAGUACGACAACGAGACGGACGUGAUCGGGUUGCUCGUGGAGAAUUGCACGGUGAAGAACACGACCAACGGUGUGCGGAUCAAGACUUGGCCCGGGUCAUCGGCUAGCCUGGCUCAAAACUUCACAUUCUCAAACAUAACCAUGAUCAAUGUCUCCAACCCUAUCAUAAUAGAUCAAGAGUAUUGCCCCCUAGAUGGUUGCUCUAAGAAGCCAUCGCGAGUACAAAUUAGCAACGUAACAUUCGAAAACAUAACGGGAACUUCGACGACCAAAAUAGCGGUGAACUUGUUAUGCAGCAGAGAUGCGCCUUGCAAAAAUGUCGAGCUCGCCGAUAUCAAGUUGGUAACAUGCGAUAAUAGUAGGCAAUGCAGCAACACAACUUCAUCCUGCCUCAAUGUGAAUGGGAGCUUCUCAGGUGCCGAAGGGACAAGAGGCGGUCUGUUGACAGCAUGGAAUCCGACUCUUUUCGAUUGCGUAAGAGAGCAUUCGGGCAGGUUUUCACUCACCGUUGUGCUUAAGCGGAAAGUGGAUGGGAAAAUGUUUAUGAUUACCAAUGUCCACGGACCUACGGCGCCGAAUCUUAAAGCUGACUUCUUCCUUGAGCUGCGUUCUAUCAGCGCAACAUCAUCAGGGGCGUGGGUAGUGCUCGGGGAUUUCAAUGUCCUCCUCUCCAUUCAGGACAAGAACGGACCGACUACAAAUAUCAACGAUAUUCUGAGCUUCAGGGAAACAGUCCAGGAGAGUGGACUGAUCGACAUCCCCAUUGCGAACAAAUCUUUUACUUGGUCUAACGGUAGAGUCACUUCGACACUGGAGCGACUUGAUCGUGUCUUCAUCUCCAACGCUUGGACCCUGGUUUUUCCCCGAUCUGCUCUCAGGGCUCUUCCGCGGCCGCGUUCCGACCACACUCCUCUGGUACUCUCAUCCUAUACUUCUGCUAACCUCUUCAGAUUCGAGGCCUUUUGGUUGCGCCACCCUGCACUCCGCGGCAUCGUCGCUGCAGCCUGGAGGUCCGUUCUGCAUGACACAAAUCCGGUUAAUCUUAUCUUGCGGAAGAUUGAGUCGGUCCAAUCUGCACUCCGCUCUUGGAGCGCAGACAUCUCUUUAGCCUCUAGAGAACAAGGUAAACGCUGCCUUCUUUGGAUCGAGUGGUUGGACAAGGCUGAAGAGUACCGACCUCUAACGACGCCGGAAUACAUUCUGCGACCCAAGCUCAAGACCAGAUAUGAAGACAUUUGUCUGCAGGAGGAGAUCAAGUGGAAGCAGCGUUCUCGAGUCCAAUGGCUAAAAGUGGGAGAUGCCAACACCAAAUUCUUCCACCAACAAGCCAGUGCCCGCAGAAGCAAGAAUUUCAUCUCUAGGCUCUCAACCGGAUCAAGCACCUUUACCUCACCCGAUCAGAUUGCUGGACAUCUCCUCUCCUUCUUCCGCAACCAGCUGGGUGUCCAACUUAACCCCUCAGUCGAUAUCAACUUACACGCGAUUUACGCAGAUCAACAGAUUGAUCUUUCAUCUCUACAUGCCCCCUUCACUAUCUCCGAAGUGAAAACAGCUGUAUUCUCUUCUGCCCCUGAGAAGGCCCCGGGUCCGGAUGGAUUGCCAAUGCUUUUUUACCAGCAUUUCUGGAACCUCAUCAAAGACGAUAUUAUGGGAAUGUUCAAUAACUUCUACAAUGGAUUGGCGAAUCUCACGGGAGCCAACACUGGGUGGUUAUGUCUCGUACCGAAGAAGAACGAAGCCCUGUCGGCCAACGACUUCCUGCCUAUUAGCCUGAUCCACAGUGUCGCCAAACUGAUUUCGAAGGUCCUAGCGUCGCGAUUACAGAAUGUCCUGGGUGGAUUGAUAAACUCUUAUCAAGCGGCCUUCCUAAAGGGUAGACACAUCUCUGAUAACUUCAAUUGCGCCCACAUUUUGAUUCAUCACCUGUACACUACCAAGCAACGUGCGGCUCUAUUGAAGAUCGACUUUGAGCGUGCCUUCGAUCAAGUUGACUGGAGCUUCUUGCUUGACCUUCUCCAAGCGAGGGGAUUCAGCCAGCGCUGGAUUUCAUGGAUACGCUCUCUUCUUCACUCGGCUAGUACGUCAGUGAUCCUAAAUGGCACCCCGGGGAGAUCCUUCCCGUGCAGGCGUGGCCUUCGACAAGGUGACCCGCUCUCCCCACUUCUCUUUAUCCUGUGUGUUGAUGUCCUUUACAGACUUAUCCAAAUUGCCGUCACCGAAGGAUUAUUACCGGACGUUGGAAUCGGAAAUGCCCGCCUGCAUACUCUACAAUUCGCGGACGAUCUGAUCAUCUUCUUUGAUGGAUCAACAAGGUCGGCGGCGAUCGUAAAGCUGAUUCUGGACAAGUUUGCGGGGUGCUCGGGCCUUAAGAUCAACUACAGCAAAAGCUCCGUCACCCCAAUCAAUUUGCCGGACGCUCAAGCAUCCUCCUUGGCAACUUCUUUGGGAUGCCCAGUGAAAGAAUUUCCUCUCAACUAUUUGGGAUUGCCUCUCUCACCUAAACGGCUGCGAAGAGCUGACUACAUGCCGCUCAUUGAAAGGAUCAGCAAGCGCCUUGCGGAUUGGAAGGGACAGACGCUCUCAAGAGGGGGGCGCCUUAUACUAAUUAACUCAGUACUCUUAAGUAUCCCGGCCUUUUUUUGCUCGUUGUUCAAGCUACCUACCUGGGUGCUCAAUAUCAUAGACAAAUUUCGCCGCCACUUCUUCUGGAGGGGUCGAAUGCUACGUAAUGGUUUUCAAUGCCUAGUUACCUGGGAACAUGUGUGCCGGCCAAAGAAAUUGGGAGGCUUGGGUAUCCGAAGCUUACGGAUCAUGAACUUGGCCUUACUUAUGAAAGUACUCUGGAAUUUCUACACCUACCACAACCUGCCUUGGGUCAAACUUCUAAUGCAAAAACACUACAGGUACCGGCACCCUGCAGCUGAAGUCAAAUCUGCUCUUAGAUGCUGCCCGAUAUGGAAAGGGAUCCUCGACACCGCACCGUCUCUCCACGCAUCCACUACUGUAGUGCUGGGAAGUGGACAUUUAACAUCCUUUUGGAAUGCGAGGUGGUCCGGUGGACUCACUCUCAGACACCAAUUCCCAAAUCUCUAUGCCGCCUCGACGCACAGAAAUCUAUCGGUAGCUAAAUGGAUCCAGCGUUUUGCCCACAAUAUCGACCUCGGCUUUGGGACGGGCUUGGGCCGAGACCAGCAACAGGAGGACCUGCCGCGGCUUCAGGUACUGCUCCAGAACACAUCACUUACAAACGACAACGACUCUAUAUCUUGGCGUUGGCAUGCGGAUGGACGGUUUCAGGUACGACGAGCAUACAACUUCCUUAUCUAUGAUGGGGUGAACACAAACUACAUUCCUUGCCUCUGGACGAUCAAGAUCCCGCUAAGAGUGAAAAUCUUCAUGUGGCUCGCAGCCAGAAACAAGAUUCUGACAGCCGAUACUCUCGCGAAAAGGGGAUGGGUUGGACCAUCGAUUUGUACCCUUUGCUCAAGAAGCGGCGAGAGUUUACAGCACAUCUUCUUCUACUGCUCAUACUCAACGACCGUUUGGACGAAUCUGCUUCAACACCAUUUGACCACUCAGCGUGCCUUGCUCGCGCUACCGGGGGAUCUUCCUACUCGCUGGAAUCGUGCUCGAAUCUCAAUCAAAGGACGCCGGCACAGAAGAGGCUUCGACACCUUGCUCACAACUAUUUGCUGGGAAUUAUGGAAGGAACGAAACAAACGAAUCUUCGACAACCAGCUAUCUAGAAGCGGCGAACUUGAAAGAAAAGUGAUAGACACCAUGGCUCUGUGGCAACGUGCUCUUGGAACGUGA